UUGAUAAUUUCAAGUGAACACAGGUGGCCUCUUGUUCAGUUUAUCAAUGGAUUGCAAAAGUCUAACUCUCUUAAUAUGUGUAUCUUGCUUAUUGUGCGUAAGCAAACAAGAUGGAGGAGAAUGUCAGGAGGAUGCAGAUUGUGAGAUUGAGUUUGCUGCAUGUAUCAACACAACAUGCAUUUGUCCAGUAGAUUUUGUGCCAAACAAUGUCUACACGAAAUGCUUGAAAGUUGUUCACAGUUAUGGCGAAAACUGCAUUGAUAGCGUUCAAUGUUCGACAAGCCUUAAGUCAGGUGGCACAUGUCUGAACGGAACCUGUACUUGUCAAGUCGGUUAUCACUAUCUCAGGGGAAAAUGUUGGAAAUCUCUUGGUUUAGGAGAUAAAUGUAAACACAGUGAUAAUUGCUGGGUUAGUAAUGAUUUUGAGUCAUCUGUGUGCAAUAAAGAUCACGUUUGCACUUGUGCCACAGGUUAUUAUCAAAGAGAACACACUUCAUGCCGCAGAGAAAGUCACAAACCAGGAGAACCUUGUGGUAUAUCACUCGAUUGUAAAUUUGAUAACGCUGUUUGCACAAUGAACAGAACCUGUGAAAUAAACACCAAUGUCACUCUGAGUAGUUUCAUAGCACCUGCAAAUGAGAAGAUCAUCCCACCUCAGACGUUAUCAUUGGCAGUGGGUGAUAAUUGCACAUCCAGUACUGACUGUCCUGAGCAUGCCAGUUGCACGCCAAAUGGGAUUUGCCUCUGUAACAUGGGUUUUUACACACUCGAUCAGACAUGCCAUCCAGAACUAGGUGCUAAAUGCAGUUCUGAUUCUGACUGCAUUGGUAAAAAUACCAUGUGCCGAGAAGAAAAAUAUUGCACAUGCAAGCAAGGAUUUGUUGUGUCAAAGGAUGGGAGAUAUUGUGAUAAAUUAUCACGAUACAUCGGUUGGAGCUGUUUGAGAGACGAGCAGUGCAGCUUGUUUGGACCUAAUAGCAUUUGCCUCAACAAAAAGUGCGCAUGUAACAAUGAGUCUCGCUUCGUGGAAGAUCAAAUGUUCUGCUGGAUUACCAAAAAAACAGGUGAGGCUUGUACUGAUGAUAAAGAUUGUGGAAGUGGCAAUGUGACCUGCCCCGGCGGAAAAUGCGCUUGUAUGCCGGGCAAUCAUCCUUCCUCGGGGAAAAAUUCGUGUCGGACGGAUUCAGUCAAUUUUGGAGAACCUUGUGUUGAAUCCUUAGACUGCGUUUUCCCUAAUGCAAUUUGCAAUAUGACGUCUAAAAAUUGUAUCUGCAAAGAAGGCUACAUACGUGACGGAACAAAAUGCAAACCAGGAAAUGGCGGAGAAUGCCUGAAAGAAACGGACUGCACUGUCGCCAGGAGCAUAUGUGUCGAUUCAACUUGUAAAUGUGAGGAGGGGUACAUUUCGAAUUUGUCUUUUGACUCCUGCAUGCCUUUAACUAAAAAGUACGGAGGACAAUGCGAAUCUACAGUACAAUGCUCAGAAUUGAACGCUGAUUGUGUGGAGAACAAAUGCAAAUGCAGACCCGGAAUGCAUUACGCCGAAAGUUGGAAAUGCUACGUGAAUGUGAACGUCGGUGAGAGCUGUACACACGAAGGGCAGUGCCCACCAGAGCAUUCUCAUUGUUUGAAGGGUUUCUGCGUUUGUGAUAGGAAGUACCAUGUAAUAUAUGAUGGAAACCGAACUUUCUGCUCUGGAGCUCCUGCUUUGUUUUAUUCAACAAAGGUUCAACUUUCUCUGAUUUCGUGUUUGUUGUAUAUUUUUAUACGAUUGUGAUUUACUUGUAAAACGUCUACAAUCUGUAGAAUUUUUAUUUAAAACCAUUAUCUUUUUAUAUUCUCAUUUGUUUUUAAUCCUUAUUCUCAGCUGUGUAUUUGAGCUAAAAUAAUGUCUUCUAUAGUAAAAAUGAAGUGUAAUCAUUUUAUGUGUGUCAGUGUGAACAGCCGCAACAGUGAAUAAAUACAUCCUUACGUAUACAGCCUUUCAAACCGUACGGACAUAUACAAAAUUUGGGGUGCACCUGGGUAUGAGCAAGAAAUUCAAUUAACGUUUAGAAAAGUUAGAAAUGAAC